AUUCAGUUUGCAUGGUGAAUCCGACGGUCUCUCGGCCGGAUUAAAUUCACUGGGUCAUUUUGUUUCUGGGCUUUCGACUUCACCUCCCGAUCCCCGCUCUGGCGAGAAUUCCCAUCCUCUGAGUAGUUUGCAGAAGGUCGCUCCCAAUUCUUACUUUGUCAUGCCGUACUCUGUUCAUUAUGUCGGACAGGCCUUCCCUGCUCCAUCCUAUGAAUCCCCUAACUACGCAGCUUUUCGCGUUCUAUCACAUUUACUGACCUCAAAGUUUUUGCACCGAGAAAUUAGGGAAAAGGGUGGUGCAUAUGGAGGUCGGGCAGUUGCUAAGCCUCUGUCCCUCCUUUUCUACUCCUACCG